CGCUUUUAUGCCAGACUGCCAGAGAUUAAGCGACCGAGUUGGAGACGACGUGGCUGCUCUUUAUGAUCGCUCUCAUCUGAACCAUCUGAACCCUGAAUUGCUGCCUAAUUUCACACUCUACUACCCGUCACAUCAUAAUCCUGUCUUUUAUUACCGAUGGACACUGAGGAUCCAAGUGUGAAGGGGCUGAUGAAGAAGCUUAUUUACAGGUGUAAAUUAGAGAAAAAAGCAGCCUUUGUACGCUUGUUUUGGAAAGUGGUCAUUGAUGGAGUUGAGUUUGUAACUCAAAUGAUGCCAACGUUCGGAUGGACAUUAGUGAUGCUGGCAUUCAUGUUUGUUGGUGAUGCGGCAUACUUUCGAAACUAUCACAUACGGAUGACUGAAGUUAUUUUGGCAUCGAUCCUGGUUUAUGGACUGCUGAUACUUUACGGAUGCUUAGUGGUAACGCGGAAACUCGGUUUUGGCAAAUUGGUCUCUGAAGUCUCGUGUUUGGAAUUGAAAACGAGAUUGAUGUCGGCAGUAGAAGAUGAAAAGAAGCUCCGCUGCCUACUUGAUUGCCUGAGGAGAGCGCAAUUCCUGUUUGCUCGGGAAAUAAGCAAACGCAUGAGAGCCGAUUACCCAACCCUUGAAGAUAUUUACAAACUCACAAACGCUUCAAGCGCAGACGAAGAAGAAGUUAAUAACGCAAAGGACCGUCUCCCAGAAGGAAUAACAUGGACUCUGACGCCUCUAGUCCAAAUAUCAGAGUCGAUGAGGGCCAUAAAUACGGACUUAUCCCGCAGAGCUCAUGAGGAACUCAGCAAGAUUGAUCGCGCAUUCUUGUUGAUGUCCAACAUUACUACUCUCUCCAUGUUCAUCAGGGUGGUUAGAUUGGUCACUUGGAUUGCUAUGCAAGUAUUUCACUUGUAUUACAUCAUGUCAGUUGAUAAAGGAUACUUGUUCAUUUUGUUCGCCCAUCAUUUCUUAAUGAUGAAAUUCUGGAGCGUUAUUGUCGGAAUGGAAGAUGUUCUUGGCGACUCGGCUCUGGGCGACAUACCAAUCAGCAACUUUCUUUGGCGCAAUGAAGAGAUUCUGAAAGAGUAUACGAUGGAGAUCAGCAUAAUUGAGCCUCAGAAAUGUCAAGAUAUCUAAUAUUCUUCUUUCUAUUUUAAAUACACUAUUCGUCGUGUUCCGUUUUAACCGAGUUCAUUUUAAAUUUAAUGUCAUAAUAUUAAUUAACUAGAUUCGAGCAUAAAAUUUUUUAAUGAAUUUGAUGUUAUGUGUAACAGAAAAAUGUUGUGCAACGUGCACAGCGUGAGAGUGCAACAGGUUGCAUACUUUAAAAUUGUGGCAAUGCGUGUCUAGAUCUGGAGCAUAUUGAAGUAUAUUUAUGACCUGAAUAUUGAUGUGAGUUUUUUAAACACUUUGCAUCCAAAAAUGGGGAAGAUAAAAAUUAUUUCUGUACUCUUUUGCUCAAACAUUGCGGCGAUCGGGGGACCGCGAACUCUGAGGCCGGUUGUUUAUCUCAGAUGAUCACGGAGAAGUAGGGGUUCCCCAUCCAUUCGGGUGGAUUUUGCGAGCGAUUUUUCAGUGGAAUGAAUGAAUGCGAGCGGGUGAAAGAACACGCUCUCAUCCCCCUUCAAUUCGCGGGGUCAGAGGCAAAACAGCGCUCACUCUCCGCUUUUCUGGCAACUCUAGCCCAAUAAUGGAGGGACCAAUAAUUAGCGAACGCCUCUAAUUAGCCCAAAAAACCUAAAGUGUAGAUUAGCCCAGUAUGCGUAGACGGAAACAAGUCUAGUGCUCGCAUGCACUUUCUGUGCUGCGAGAAAUCGAAAAAACAAAAACACUAAUUAAAAAUUAAUGUUUUGUUUAAAUCAGAUGAAUUAUUGUGAACCCCAAGAUAUUUGUAAAUGUAGAUUUUGUGGCGAACAUUGUGAAAAGUUUCAUAUUUUGAAAUGUUCAAUUCAAUUAUAAAUAGAAGCAACAAAGAGUUUUAAAAAUUGAUACAAAUUAUUGUAGGAUUAGUGUCGCACGCAUAACUGCGUUUAAUAAAUUCACUCAUUCAUAACAAUUAAUGUUA